GCCGCGGGGGCAGGAUCUCUGCGAGCUGCACGCACACAGCGAGCCGGCCGGGCGCGGAGCGAGCCUCUCCUCCCUUGGCGCUGCAGCAAGGCUGCUCUGCUUCGGCUCCUUGGGUGCUGCUAGAUCCUUGGGAUUGUAUUGCAUCUACUGUUCCUGGUGGCAGCCCCUUGACUAGCCAAGGAUGAGGACGGCAGAAGAUUCCUCCGGGACGGUCCUGCACCGGCUCAUCCAGGAGCAGCUGAGAUACGGGAACCUCACCGAGAACCGCACGCUGCUGGCUAUUCAGCAGCAGGCGCUGCGUGGAGGUGGGAGCAUGGGCAGCCCUCGCUCCUCACUGGAGAGUCUCACCCAAGAAGAGAGUCAGAUGGUCCAGCAGUCCACACGGCAGGAGCCCCAGGGCCAGGAGCAUCACUGUGACCAUGUUUACCUGGAGAAUAACGUGUAUCGGCUCUACCAGCCUCAGCACAAGGGCGAGGAGCUCCCCACCUAUGAGGAGGCCAAAGCGCAUUCCCAGUACUAUGCCUCACAGCGAGGACAGCAGGCUGGGGUGCCCUGUCCAGGCACCCCUGCUGAGCCUGGCCAACAAAGGGCCUAUGCCCCUGACAGCAGCAGCAAGCGCCAGGACGAGUCACUAAAGGAGCUGAAGCAUGGGCAUGUGAGGUCACUAAGUGAACGCCUCAUGCAAAUGUCGCUGGAGAGGAAUGGAGCCAAGGCCCAGAACCACAUGAGCUCCUCCCACAGUUAUCCCCAGCUAUCGAGGCACUUCCAGCUGUCAGCCCCAAGAGGGCAGCAUGCCGAGGGGAUGGAGCCACGGGGGCCCCCUCCAGAGUACCCCUACAUCAUCCCCCCCCAGGAGCCUGCAGUUGGUUACCUGGCAGAUCCCCGGCACUGCUCCAGGGAAGGGCCAGGAUUUCAGCACCCUGAAGUCAGGGUGAUGCAGGCCCAUAUGCCCCAGGCUUUCCUGCCCCAGCAGGCUGCCCUGUGCCACGGCCCGCUGGGCUCCCUUACUCCAGUUGGGAUGGAGGUUCUGAUGACAGCCCAGGCCGCAUCGGCCAGCAGUCACUUGGCCCAGAUGGAGACGGUGCUGAGGGAGAAUGAAAAGCUGCUGAGGGAGAGUGAGAAGCUCCAGAGGGAAAACGAAAAGCUGCGGCGAGAGCUUGAGAGCUGCAGUGAAAAAGCAAGCCGGAUUCAGAAGCUGGAAACAGAGAUUCAGCGAAUCUCCGAGGACUACGAAAACCUGAUGAAGGCAUCUUCCAAGCGAGAGGCAUUGGAGAAAACCAUGAGGAACAAGAAGGAUGGGGAGAUGCGGCGGCUUCAGGAUUUCAACUGGGAUCUGAAAGAACGGUUGGAAUCUGCAAACAAACAGCUGGCCAGCAAGCAGCAGGAGAACCCAGAAGGCAGCCAGGGCACCGUGGCGAAACUGCUUGCACAAAGCUACGAGCACCAGCAGGAGAAAGAGAAGCUGGAACGAGAGAUUUCGCGGCUGCGCAGCGCCAAUGAGGACCAGCGCCGGCGGGCGGAACUGCUGGAGCAGGCACUGAGCAACGCCCAGACACGGGCAGCUAAGACCGAGGACGAGCUGAGGAGGAAGCGGGCGUACGUGGAGAAGGUGGAGAGGCUGCAGCAGGCCCUGGGCCAGCUCCAGGCCGCCUGCGAAAAGCGUGAGCAGCUGGAACUGCGUCUCCGCACCCGCCUGGAACAGGAGCUGAAGAUGCUGCGGGCUCAGCAGAGACAGGUGGGAGCCCCAACCGGAGGAUCCCCGGAGCUGAGUGCCCACAUGCUGGCCGAACAGUUGAGAGAGAAGGAAGAAAAGAUCCUAGCCCUGGAGGCGGACAUGACCAAGUGGGAGCAGAAGUAUCUGGAGGAAUGCACCAUGAGGCAGUUUGCCAUGGACGCAGCCGCCACCGCUGCUGCGCAGCGGGACACGACUAUCAUCAACCACUCCCCGCAUCACUCCCCCAAUAACAGCUUUGACGAGGAUCUCCUCUUGGCCAAUCACAAGCACCAGGAGAUGGAGAACAGGUUAAAAGCACUUCAUGCCCAAAUAUUGGAGAAGGAUGCAGUCAUCAAAAUUCUGCAGCAGCGCUCGCGGAAGGAUCCCAGCAAGACUCUGCAGGGCUCCCUUCGGCCGGCCAAGUCUGUGCCGUCCAUCUUUGCUGCCUCGGGGGCCCAGAAUUGGCAGGGGACCGCCCACGGUGAACAGUUGGUCGAGGGCCCUUCCAGAGGGAGUCCAGCAGGCAAAGUCCCAGUGGAGGAAACGCCCAGCCCAUUUCCUUGCGGCCCUCUCGCCUUCCACUCCAAACGUGGCAGCAAAGAUGGGAGCACCCAGACAGAUGGCUUGCCUGAGAGCAGCCUCGGCAGUCCGGACGAGGGGCCUGGCGCCCAGCUCGACAGCAGCCCAGCGCACUCCGUGGAGACCAUGUCUGCUGCCAGGACCAUCAGCUUGUCAGACAUGGUGGAAAUUCUGAUCUGAGGAAGGGCAGCUGCCCACCAUCCUAUCUGUCCCUGCACGCUGGCCUGGUCAGAGGAGAGAUCUGCUGGGGAAAGUGCUGAUUCAGGAGUCGUUCUGUUAUCGGGAGCCUGGCUGGGCUUGUGGCAUGGAGAGUUCCUGGACAAAAGGAGUUUGGGGGCAAGACUGCAGGAGAGCAUGCAGCAGAACCACACAGCGAGGGCUGGGAGGGAAGCUGCCGCUGCGGUUUGCAUCCAUCAGCUGCCAUUUAUCUCACCCGCUUUCCAUCACAGCAGAGCUCAUUUGCUACCUGCUCCAUCCACCCCAUUGGACCAGCCCUUGUGUAAUGUGCCUGUGCUUAGGAAGGACUGUCUCAAGUUCCCUUUGCCGCUGAUAUGUCGCAGGAAACAAGGAAGGAGGGUCCGAAAGUGAAGAGGCAUGGAGCUCUCCCCUGCUCUCCAUCUGUGACCUGGAGGAGGGCGGCAUGCUGUGCAUUGCUAGAAACUGAUCCUGGAAGGACUGGCCUGCCUGUUUCAUUGGACCCUCUGUUGGUACCCGCUCUCCAAGGUCAAGCUGCCAGGAGUAGCUCUUGUAUUGUGCUGGUGUGGCCAGAACUCCUGCCCCUCCCUGUGCCUCCCAACCCCCCUUUCCCCUCCUGUUGAGAGGACUGGAAAUGCUUUGGGUGAGGGUGAUUUUGAGUAGCCAGCUGGUGCCCAGUGGCUGGUCCCCAGAGGCACUUCUCCUGGGGAGGCUGCAGUGCUGGCAGGCUGCAGCCCAUCAGGGUAGGUGAGGAGGUGAGGGAGGGGACAGGCAGGCUCUGUAAAUAACUCCGUUUUGUAAACAAAAGCAAACCCUGUAUUAUUUCAAAUUCCUCCCUGCCAUGGCCUUUGUCCCUCCUGCCCCCUUUCUUGCUCUCUGUGGAACCUUUCUCGCCAUCU